AUGAAGGCCCGGGAACACGCCAUCAGGGGCCGCGACGCCGAGCUAGAGCAGCUGGCGAAGGCGCAGGCUUUGGAGCGCAGCCGGCUGGAGAAGCUAGAGCAGAAAAUGGAGGCAGAGAAGGCCGAGCUGGAAGCCAAGGCGAAGAUCCUGGCCGAAGACCACGUGGCCUUCAAGUCUCUCGAGGAGAGGUCUCGCGCAGCGCUGCAGUCACUCUACGAGAAAGGCUUGGAGGAGCCGCUGGCUACCGAUGACGAGGGCCCCACCCAGCUGCUUCCUUAUCUGGUCGAAGCGCUUGAGGAAGUCAUGAGCGGUAUCGGCCCCUUGGCAGAGGUAGAAGCCCGCAUUCUUUCCUCAGCCGCGUUGACGCGCGUCUUCAGCCACCUCCAUCUUCGCGAUCCUGCCGCGGACCUUGACGAGCUGCUGGAGCCUGUGGACGCCGAGCACUGCGCAGCUGCUGCCGAAGCCGUGAAGGGUCAGGUGGAGGCCCUGCUGAAGAGGUUCUGCACCUUCGAUCCCGCGCCCUCAACUGGCGGUGCUGCUGAUCCUGCAACUCCGGCGAGUGGCGCAGGUGAGGGUAACGCCGCUAUGGAAGAAGCAUCCCUUGCGGGCGACGGCAGCGUCCGGGGAUGA